AUGGCUUCUGGUUCUAAGAAUGAUAUUUUGAAUCGAGUAUUGAACGUACGGCUCGAUGAGGCAGCGGGUGGGGACGAGCAGCCUCCGCAAAACAUGCUGCCGUCAAACCAGCAAUCGAGACAAGGCAGUCACGUCGAUGAAGAGAACGGUCAUGCGAACGAACCUAUGCCAUCUUCAUCAGCCAUCGAGAACCUCCAGCCGACGAACAACACAGGAUGUCGUUUGCACAACUGGCAGGCGACGAAAACGACAGUAAAAGAACGAUUAUCAUUUCUAUUCAACAACGAAAUACUUUCCGAUGUACAUUUCAUUGUAGGAAAAGACGCUAAUCAACAAGUUAUACCCGCGCACAAGUUCGUGCUAUCAGUGGGCAGUGCGGUAUUCGAUGCCAUGUUCAACGGAGUGCUGGCUACAAAAUCUGAGGAAGUUGAAUUACCAGAUGUGGAACCGGCGGCGUUUUUACACUUGCUGAAGUUUCUCUACUCGGACGAAGUAAGGAUUGGACCAGAAAGUGUCAUGACAACUUUGUACACAGCUAAGAAAUAUGCUGUGGCGGCUUUGGAGGAGCACUGUGUAGAUUUCCUUAAAAGCAAUCUUGGGACGGACAAUGCAUUCUUGCUAUUGACACAAGCGAGAUUGUUCGAUGAGCCACAGUUGGCUGCUCUCUGCUUGGAAAUGAUAGACAAGAACACAACUGAUGCUUUGAACGCUGAAGGCUUUACUGAUAUUGAUCAAGACACUUUGAAUGCAGUUUUGGAAAGGGACACUCUACGUAUACGGGAAGCAAAAAUAUUCGCAGCAGUACUACGCUGGUCAGAAGCUGAAUGUAUACGAAGACAACUACCCGUCACACCAAACAACCAAAGAAUGGUACUCGGAAGAGCGUUCCAUGCCAUACGUUUCCCAUUGAUGUCAGUGGAAGAAUUCGCUAUGGGACCGGCACAGAGUGGCUUACUAGACGACAGAGAAAUAGUUCAGCUUUUCCUUUAUUUUACCGUUAAUCCUAAACCAAAUGUAGGUUUCCUAGAUACACCUAGAUGUUGUAUGACUGGAAAGGAAUUGACAGUCAAUAGGUUUUCCCAAACUGAAUCUCGAUGGGGUUACAGCGGUACGACUGAUAGGAUAAGGUUCACCGUUGAUCAGAGAAUCUUUGUCGUUGGUUUUGGAUUGUAUGGAUCUUACUUUGGACCCACCGAAUAUGAAGUUCAUUUGCAAAUAAUUCACUUGGCAACGAAAAAAGUAUGCGGUUCGAACACAACAACGUUCUGUUGUGACGGUAGUGACGACACAUUCAGAGCAAUGUUCAAAGAACCAGUGGAGAUCCUGCCGAACACUUCUUAUAUUGCCAGCGCUAAAUUAAAGGGUACAGAUUCAUACUACGGUACAAGAGGUCUGAGACGCGUCACUGUCGACUGCAACAACGGUGAAAAGGUGGUUUUCCAAUUUUCAUACGCAGCGGGAAAUAAUAACGGUACAUCCGUUGAGGAUGGACAAAUUCCCGCCAUUAUAUUUUAUAUUUAGAAUAUUUGUGAAACUAUUUUAAAUGGCAACACUUUUCGAUGUUUAAGCAGUUAACAAACUUAGGCGGUUAUCUUAAUAAUUGGUACGGUUAUUAAGACGUGAAAAUGUAUGCAGAUAUUAAUAACGAAACGAAAAUGUUAAAUUUUUAUGAGUAAUAUUGUGAUAAAAUUUCAAAAUGGCGGCGGGUAAAUUUUUUUCAAGUUUAUUUUUCUUGUGAAUUUUUCAUUUACAUAUACUACAUUACAUUUACAUGACUAAUUUCCUUUCAAAUUCUGAUUUUAGAAUCACAACAGAUCACAAAAUAUAUUUUUCUUUUUUAUUUUUACAAAAUUAAAUCAAUUUUUAUUUAAAAAAA